GUCUAUGGAUGAAGUCAACUAGCACCAAUGACGGUACCCUAGUUUCUUACGCAGUACCUGGUACUGACAACGAGAUGAUUUUGUAUGAUUAUGGUUAUUUGAGAUUACUCAUCAAUGGUAUUUAUAGAUCGACAACUGGCGUUGCUGUCAAUGAUGGUGUGUGCCACUAUAUCUGUUUGACAUGGACUUCAGUUACAGGUCGAUGGCAAAUAUUCGUAGAUGGAGUGUUAGUUGGAUAUGGUACAGUUUCCCAAGGAACACCGAUUCAGGGAGGUGGUGUUCUAGUGCUGGGUCAAGAUCAAGACAACGUUGGUGGAGGUUUUCACCCAUUUCAAGCGUUUGUUGGCAAAAUGACGAAAUUCAACUUGUGGGAUCGUGUGCUUACAAACCAAGAAAUUAAAAAUAAGCUUGACUAUGGCAAUAUUUAUUCAUGGGACAUUUCAACCCUUUUGCUGCAGGGUACUGAGAAAAUCAGAGAUGUGGAUAUAUGUAGUGGCGCUGUUACAUGUGAUCCUCAUUUCACCACACUGGAUGGUCGUCAUUACAGCCAUCAAGGCGUCUGCUGGUACACCCUGGUGAAAGAUAGCUCCAAGCCCAAACCAGAUUUCGAAAUCACUGCUAGGUUUGAACCACGAGAAGAUCAUCCAAAUGGUGAAAUAAAAACCCGGGCGGUAGCUCUAAAUAUUACAGUAGGAGAUGACUGUGUUGAAGUGGACAGACUUGACGUAGUUUCUAAACAUGCAAAGGGAGCAGCGUCCAAGAUACAUAUCAUUCAAACUGAUAAAAACAUUUUACUAAGUUUCACACUUAAAGAUACCACUUUCAAGAUUGAUUGGACAUUACGAAGACAUAUAUUCAGUAUUGAUAUAUCUGGUCUUGAUUAUGAAGACAAGCUGCGUGGGUUAUUGGGUAAUUACAAUGGUGAUAGCCAUGAUGACUUUCAAAAGCCCGAUGGUACUAUGGCUAAUGACGCUGUUGAAUUUGGCGAGAGUUGGAAAGUACCAGGAAUUGAGUGUGACUAACCGUAUAUUGGAAAUCAAGGACAAUUUUAAUGGUUUAAUGGACUCGUUUUCAUAGCAUGUUAGCGGCGUACCGUUUUUUUUCAGGAAAUGCAUGGCUCUAUAUCGAAAUCAUUACUGAUUAUGUUAUAGUAAAAUAUGUGUCACAUUCUGAGGUUGAAUUGUGCUAAUAUAGAUACUUAUACUACUAGUCAUAGUUAAUCGUCUAAUAUAACUUACGGUAAUGGGUUUAUGUGCUAAAUAUAAUCUAAUGUAAUAGUGGUAUAUUAAAUAAAUGGUCAACGCAGGAA